AUGAUGAAGAGGGGCAGUACAACUCUUACAGACAGCCCGACGUACGCCAAAAGGAAAAAAAACAAAUGGGCAAUUCACCCCUCCCCCUUCGAAUGCAAAAAAAAUAACUACGUAUGCUGUAGGAAGAACAACUUUAACAACUUGGGGGGACUGCUCCUGGAAAAAAACUUUUUCUUUUUUAAUUUCCUCUUAAGCGUAAAAUGUAACGAAGAGAAAAAAAAAACACACACUUCGGCAUGUGCCACAUCGGAUGGCGAUGCAGAAUUGCGGCUGUAUUAUCUCAGCCAGGGCCACAAGAAGGUAUUCCUUCAACAGGAAGAUCAAAAUGAGUGCAGCGAGGACGCGCCAGUGCACAUGCACAGUGUAGACAGCUGUGAGUCAAUUGGGGAGGCGCCAGAAAAGAACACAGACGCAAAUGCAAUAAGGGGAGAAUGCCCAGAACCACAUUUAAUAGAAAAAUAUAUGAACACUCUGCUGAAAACAAAUUUUUUUUUUUACAUAAAGAAUUAUAUUCAUCACAUUUUGAGGAACGUGGACAUUUGCAGGGAGGACCAACCGAACGAAACAUUUUUUGAAUUUUACACUAACUUCAAGAAUAAAAAAAAAAAAAUUUAUUUUUGCGACUCCGAGCAAUUGCUAAGUGAUGUGUACUGUGAUGUCUCGGAGGUGUCCGAUGACACCGAUUAUAACUACUUCUAUGAAAAGUCCAACCAGCUACAUGAUUAUGAGGGUGAGGAUGGGUCGCAGGAGGGGGGAGAAGACAAUGACAUGGUGAUGCAGGUGAAUGGGGAGCGGGAGGCCGAUAUGGAUGAUGGCAUGGAGAAGCCGAAUGGGGACAUGUGCCUCAUCCCGAACCUCAGUAAAAGGUUAAACAAUCUGCACUUCCAGAAGCGCCAUUCCAUGAUGUCCCUCGACGAUGAUAAGAGUAAGCGUGAGGCAAAGGAACGCAAAUUUGCCAAGUACGCCUGCGUCCGCUGUCGAGAGGGGAACUCUGGCGACGAAGACACAAACCUUUCUGACGCGUCUAACCCACCUGACCCGUCCUCCAGCGACAAUUGUAACGUUUGCCUACUGCAGAUCCUCAUUUCGAACUUAACCCAAGGGGAGCUACUCUUCUGGGCAAAAAUUAAAGGCUGCAUAGAGCAGUUCCUGGGGACGAUAAAAGCAAGCGUCCUUUUCAAGGGCCCAGCCAACUAUGUAGAAACACCGUACAUAGAAAUUAUGGACGACAUAAAGAAGAGGCAAAAGGAAGAAGAGCACAUAAAAUAUAUAAAAAAAAAAAAAAAAUUGGUAACUCUGACGAAAGAACAAAAAUGUAUUAAAUGUUUGUUCGAAAAAACGAUAAACUCUGUUCGAAUUUCCAUUAAAUAUGAUUUAACCCUAGCGAAUGAAAAUUUCAAUUAUCUCUUCAAAGAUCGGAUACAUAAAUAUAAAAAAUUUAUUCACAAAAUGCUGAUGCAAAAUUUGGGAGGGAAUCCCAAUUUGCACACAAAAAACGACAAGUCCAAUUUUUUACCCAAUCAUUUAAAUCCUAUUGUUUUUAAAAAUUGCAGGAAAAAAAAUUACGACUUUUCACUGCUCAUUCACAGUGUGCACUUGGACAUGUACGCAUAUAUGUACAUGCGCGAUUAUUUAUUCUUCCUACUCAUCAUGGUGGAGGCUUACAUCUUUGUUCACUUUAAUGACAUCAACUACACGUAUGCACACAACACAGAUUUGUUUCUCGACCAAAUUUUAAAAAAUCUUUUCACUUAA